AACCUUGAUACGUGUGGCGAACGUGUAACGGUCGGGCACCUGUCUACCGUCAGAACGACUCUCGGUAUAAAGCCUGCUGAUCGCGAUAGCGAACCAACGACUGCCAAAGUAGGGAGGGAAUGCUGCUUUGGGUGAGAGCUCUCAGAUGAUGGAAGUGCAGAAAGCUAAGUGACUGUCAGCCAAUGAAAAGAGACUAAAAACGUGUGAGCUUUAUCUUCAGUACGCAGGUCGGGCAUGACUUGAAUGGCUCAGCGCGUAUUCCAAUCGCUGGCCUUCGCCUGACAUAAUCUCGGAACUGGGCGGUGUGUGAAAAACGGGACUGUAUUAUUACAACUGGAUUAAGUGUAAGUGUGUGAGUUAUUGAAGAAGUCGCUGGUAUACAGCUAUUAUAAAAAGCGUGGUCCGUCACACAUGAUAACGUAGUCGCUUCGUGAGUCCCAGUCAAGACGAUAGCAGCUUGUGAAGCCGUUAAGAACAUUUUUGACACUUCAUCAAAAGACAGCAUGUCGUUGAGUAACGCAGAAAUUCGUCUGAUUGAGACCAGCUGGGAAACAUACAAUCAAGGCGAUAUCGUCAAUCAGGGCGUACACAUGUUUAUGAGAAUUUUCACGAAGAGACCGGACAUGAAGCCGAUCUGGUCAAUUUCCAUGAAGCAUGAUUCAGAAGAACAGUACAAGAAGAGUCCUAAGUUCCGGUUCCACGUGAAGCGUCUGUUCAGCACGAUCGGAAUGGUGGUAGAUGGGCUGGAAUAUCUUCACGAGGUGGAACCCAUGAUAGAGGAUUUGGGCAGACGGCACAUCAAGUAUGGCAUCAAACGGGCUCACUUUGAGGUGAUUGCUGAUGGACUGUUAUACGCCCUCGAGAAUGCAUUGGGAAACAAGUUCACACCGGAAGUGAAAAACGCAUGGUGCAAGCUCUACGGCUGGUUGGCGGAGGUGAUGAUAAGGGCACUGCCAGCUGAAAACUGAAAGACUUUUUCACCUGUAAAUGUACGAGUUAUGUAGCGGUGUACCGGUACCGUCUUGUAAUGGGUUUGAGGGAUAUACGGGAAACUCGGUCACUGGCGGUCAUAACAGGUGCUGUUGCGUAUACAUGCUGACCGUCCUUCAGCUAUUGGCAAGGCACACUUGAGAAAUCUCAUGGAUUAGUUUUUAAGAUGUGAAUUCUUGAAAGAGACAAAGAAUACUUGCAUAUAUAUGUUUAUAUCUAUUCACCUGAACAUUACAAAGAGUUUUUACUAUGUACAUGUAUAUGAAGGUGCACUUCAGACUGACUUGGAUAAAAUUCAGCAUUGUAGCGUGUA